AUGUCAGACCAAUUUGACAAACCAAAGGCAGUCCAUGUUGAGACCGUCGAGCUGGGGUCGCAAGAAAGCCUCCCAAAUUUUGAUCAUAUUGAUGAGAAAAAAUUGGUGCGCAAGGUGGACCUCCGUCUUCUCCCGUUGUUCAUUGUGUUGUACCUCUUGUCGUUUUUAGACAGAGGAAACAUUGGAAAUGCCAAAAUCGAAGGUUUGGCCGAGGACUUGAAUCUCAAGGGCAACCAAUACAACAUGUGUCUCACCAUCUUUUUCAUCUUCUACGCUUCCAUGGAGGUUCCUUGCAACAUGAUCUUGAAGAGAACUCCCCCACGGAUCUUCAUCCCAACCACUGUCGUUCUUUUCGCAAUUGUCAUGAUUUGUAUGGGUACGGUCAGAAACUAUGCUCAGCUCUUGGCUACCAGAGCCUUGUUGGGAAUGUUCGAGGCCGCUCUAUUCCCAGGUAUCUCAUACAUCUUGUCCAUGUACUACAAGAAGAAUGAGUUGUUGAUCAGACAGGCUAUUUUCUUCUCUGCUGCUUCUAUGGCUGGUGCAUUUUCGGGUCUUUUGGCUGCCGCUAUCUCAAAAAUGGACGGCGUGGGUGGUUACGAAGGCUGGAGAUGGAUUUUCAUUUUAGAGGGUUUGGUAACACUUAUUGCUGGACUCUUGGCUUACAUUUGGUUCCCACAGUUCCCUAAGGACGCUGAUUUUUUGACUGAAGAAGAGCGUGCUUAUGUGAUUCACAGAGUCCAAUACUCAUCCAACGGUUCUCAUGCUGUUGACGAGAGCAACGAGAAGGCCGUGCAAUUGCCAAUGGGUGAAGACAAUUCCAACGACAGAAAGUGGGUCUAUGCUGUAUUCAAGGAUUGGCAAUGUUGGUGUCAGCUCAUGACUUACAUGGGUAUUUUGCUUCCUUUGUACGGUCUUUCUCUCUUCACUCCUACCAUCAUUAAGAGUUUGGGCUACACUCGUACCAAAUCUCAAUUGAUGAGUGUUCCAAUCUAUAUUGUUGCUGCUCUAUUGUCCAUUGUACAAGGUUUUGCUUCCGACAGAACGGGUGUGCGUUCUCCAUUCUUGGUGUUUAACUACAUCUGUAUGGCUGUCGGUUACAUUAUCUGUAUCGUUUUGAACCCUAAGAAGAACCCUACCGGAAUUUACGUUGCCAUUUACAUUUCUGCCAUUGGUAUUUACCCAGCCAUUCCUUUGAACAUUGUGUGGAACGCUAACAACUUGUCAGGUACAUACAAGAGAGCUGUUGGUAUUGCAUUCCAAAUUGGUUGUGCUAACUUCUCUGGUGCAUUUGUUUCCAACUUUUACAGGACACAAGACGCUCCUGCUUUCCGUUUCGGCCACACCCUUGUUCUUGUGUUCAUUGGCAUUGGCGGUUGUUUCUUGGCUGCGUUGAUUGUGGGCUACAACCUCUCUAACAAGAAGAGGAGAGUUGCUAUGGCUAGAGGUGACUACAAUGGAGUCACUGACGAGGAGUUCCUCAAGAUGGGUGACAAAAGUCCUUUGUUCAUCUACAGACUUUAG